AUGGGCGAUUUUCAAUCAUUUUCGACAUAUUCCGCUCCCUUUUCGGCGACGGAACUUAUUAAUCGUCCUGAUAAGACAUAUGCCGUCAAAGGCCAAGCUGAAUUCUUGGCUGUUGCCGUCGCACUCGAUGUCCCGAUCCUCAGCGCCCAGAACAACGUCAUCGCUAGCAUGAACAUCCUUUCAGCUGGUGCAGGUGCUUCAUUCGCUGUGUUUGCAUCAGCUGAAGAGCUCAGCCUUGACGCAGAUGAGGACUUUAUUAAUGCGACACCCGAAGUACGCGAUUGGAUCCAGAAAGCGAAGAAAAGUCAAAAAUUCCGACGAUAUGUGACCAAGAAGAUCGUUACCGCUCAAGGAGUCGCCAGUGACUCGCCCCAGCUUGCUGCUGCCAUCAACGAGAUACGAGUCCUGUCCGAUGAGACGAUUCGGCAAUGUGACUUUAUUGUUUCGAUGCUGGCCAUCUCGUGGAGCGAGUCGCCCAGUGUUGGGCGGUUUUGGCCACAGGUCUUGCUUGAGGCUGCUGAUGAGGGCACUUUGGCGGAGUAUCUAUCCUCAAACAAAGCCGACUUCAAGUCCCAAUUGGCAAUAUCCAUGAACAUCGGUCGCGCGCUCCAGUUUCUUCACGCUCAUGGAGUCGUCCAUGCUGACCUGAAGCCGACGAAUGUGCUGAUCUUUACUUCUGGCUUGGAUGAACACCAACAUGAUCUACUUGACAAAACGGGUCUUCCGCCUAUUCGGGCCAAGCUUUGCGACUUUGGAUAUGCGGUGAUUUUGGAUGAUUAUCAGUCCGAGAAGUUGUUUCAGGCGAGGAUCGGUAGUCUUCCUUGGAUGGCACCUGAACUUGACGCUGAAGAACCUAUCAGAUUGGAGGACCUUCAUAAGACGGAUAUCUACUCUCUUGGAUUACUUACUGCCAGUAUCUUUAUGAGCGGCUGUACACCCUUUGAGUCACUGAGCCAAGAAGAAGUGUUGGAGAUCAAGAAGAUAGUACCAGGCCAGUCAGGAUCAGCAGUCGCAACACUCAUGGGGAACAUUAAAGAGAAAACGCCUCUUUCGGAACAACAGGAAGAGUUCGUUUAUGCUUUCCUCGAAGGAGCUUGCGCAUCUUCAGCCUCGGACAGAGUGUCAUUAUCGGCGAUACAGAGUUACCUUUUCCUGGGACUCAUGCAACAACUACAUACAGGAAAAGCAACCAUCCCGUUGGAGUGGUUCAAGGAUCUACGGCCAGCAGCAGAUGGAUACAAGGGCGCUCUGGCUGCGCUUGAAAAUAAACAUUCAGGAGUGACAAAUGAAAUCGACCAGGACGAAAUGCUCAUCCAACUCCGACAAAUGUACGACCAAGUCAUAUCCAUCAAGAUCAACAACCCGGAGUUCGAGAAAAUGCUUGCAACAUGUUUUGAAGACCAUAGCCUCAAACCAGCUAGUCUGAAGAGGUUCAAGAAGAACUGGAAGCCCGAUGAGGAGACUAAGGAUAGCGAGGGCUUUAUCUCUCGGAUGGAGGAGAUAUUUGAUGGAGUUAUCUCCAAAGUUACAGAUUUUGCAUUUGAGCACACUUUGAACGUAUCACUCAUCCCAAGAGUUGCACAAGAAGAAGUCUUUCGAGAUUUGAGGGAGAGCGUUGAGGCAGGUGAUGUGCAAGACUCUGCUGCGCCACUUCACCUGGCUGGAGCAUAUCUCAAUGGACAACUUGUCGAGACGUCGAUAGAGAAAGGUCUAGACCACCUUGUUACAGCCGCUAUGAUGGAGAACCCUGAUGCAUUGUCUGUCAUCCUUAGGAUCUUUGAUGCUUGCGAGACCCCUUUGCCGCCAGAGAGCAAAGAUGAACUUCUUAGCAAAGUUGAGUCAUACGGAACGAAGACAUUCGGUCUUGCUCAAGGAACGCUAUUCGACCAUUUAGUUCCGAAGCAUCUCUCAACCAAUCAGGUCCUCGGUGGGACUUGGACUCAGAAGUGGCCAGAGAAGUAUGAAACAUAUCUCGCAGCUGAACGCAGGUUCCCGAAUAUGUUUCUCCUCCAUUGCAACAGUCCCUUGUUCUUGAAGGAUAAGCCGAACAUGGACACCUCAGUGUUCGACUUUGAUCGAUUAGCGUGCCUCAAGGAUGCAGGAAAGAAGAACAUAGAUCCAGAAAGAACAGAGGAGUUCAAAGAGGAAGUUACUCGCCUUGACUGUCUCAAAUGCUGCAGUAAGGAUGGUUUCACACUGCUCCAGAUUGCAGCUUGUAAGGACGAUCUUGUCAUGGCGAGUGCUCUAAUUGAGCUUGGCGCUGAUGUUAACGCACACGGCAACACUCACGGCUGGGCACCAUUACUUCUUAGUUGCCACUGCGGCCACUUCAACAUGGCAAAACUUCUUAUCGACAACGGCGCUAACCCUACCAUUCGAGAGACUCUCUACGGCGCUACCAUUCUUCACUCCCUAACCCAGUUCUCCAAACGCGAGCACUGUGAGGACUUAUUCGACAUUGCCUUAUCAGCAGGUCUCGACAUCAACGUCCCUAUGAAGAAUGGCGCAACCCCACUGCACACCACCUUUGCAGCGUGGGACUAUUCUCAAGGAGUAGCGACUGAGCUUCUGCUGGAGUAUGGUGCAGAUCCGACGAGACAGGUCCAAGAAUGGGAUGGAUUCUUGAACUUCAACACUUCUAUUGCGCAUGCGGCUCAGCAGCUUGACAUUGAUCUUCUACGGAAAAUGUUAGCUGCCUCCGAGGCCUUGGUGGCUAUUCUUGGAUCGUCGGCGCGACGUCAACUCAACGAUGCCAAGGCGCAAGCGUUGAGUGCUGUUUUCAGAAGAACGCGCUUCUACUCUGACGAAGACGCCCGCUCAGUGAUGAUCGAGCGACGACGUGUUGAUAGGAAACAACCGACAGACCCCUUCCUGACAAUGUGCACGUUCAGAGGAUCCGGUUUCUUUGUAGACGCCUUUCUCAAAGUCUUUCCCAAUACUGUCAUUGACGAUCCUUCGUGGAACCUGCCGAGAUUGUUUCUUCACGUUGCUAUCGAACGAAGGGAUAUCGAGGCAGUGCGGGCUUUCGUCAGACAAGGUGCGAAUAUUCUCACCAAGGAAAGAGGAGGGCGAAAUGCGCUUCACUUUGCGGCGCACUACUUCCCCAAGAUCUUGCCAGAGCUUCUUAAGACCCUUGAAGAGUCUCGUCCCGAGCAAAGGCAGGGGAAGAGUAUGACAGAGAUAUUGGAGGAACAGUGUAACUCCGGCCUCACGGUCUUUGCUCAACUUCUCGUUGAAGGUUAUGAUGAUGAGCGCAAACUCGCGGAGGCUCUACGGGCCAAGUACUCACUGAAGCAUGACUACAAGAUGUAUCGAGAUGGUAGCUGGGUGACAUUCGGGGGCUAUCUCGUCUCACUCACUGUCGCCGAUGGCUUGGUACCCAUCGAGCAUAUCCAGUAUCUCCUCAAUCUUGAUCCACUUCCCGAGUACGUAACUACGCUUACGGGGAAGACCUUAUUAGUUACAGCUGUCGAAGGCUUUUCAGGAUCUCGGGACUUGUAUGACCUCGCAUGUCACCAGAUCACAAGAAUGCUCCUAGCGAAGUACCCAGCUUUCGAUGAUGUUUUCCGCGUCGCCGAUGACAGAGAUCGGACUUCUUUACAUAUAGCAGCUUACUGGUCUAACAAGACUGCUUUACAAAUGAUUAAAGACCACUCACAACGGAACUUUCCCAACAAGAAAAUCCCCUGGAAUGCAGUAGCGAGCGGCAACACGGUCCUAGAUCACGCCUUACUCGGUAUAAAAGAGAAAUCUCUUCCGGCACUUGACACUGAAGUCAAUAAAGUCGCCACACGGUCGACUAAGAAAGCUGCGUUGGCGUGCUACGUGUGCUUGCGUGAGAAUGGAGCGCUGCAUAAUUGGGAGUUGGAAGGGUCCUUGGUAGCGGCACGGUUGAUCAUGUACACGCCUGACUUUCAAAAGAUCGGCCUUUUCUUGAGGCUCGCGACGCAGAGACUUGGGCUAGGUCUACCAGAUGUCGACCUUGACAGAUGUGUCGAGGUAGGUACCACCACCAGUCUGGAUGGGAGGCUUAUCCGCGUUCCAGUCGUAGACCUUAUCUGGAAACAUGACAAGUUCAUACUCAGAUUAUAUUCAGUCCGAAUAUCGUCUUUGGCAGUCGAAGGCCUUCGCCAGUUCCACGGCUGGAUCGAGAAGAGAAUGACAGAGACCGAGCCAAGAUGCUAUGAGAGUUUAGGCCUGCCUGCUGGACUGUGGCCGUUCAUGACUCUCACCUACGACCAACCCAUUCCUUACGCAAAAGACACUAUGCGCUGGACCCGAGGGGGCCGAACUUGGACUGAGGAAGAACACGAUAGCCUGAAAGCUCAAUUUUCUUCACUGUGGGAUGUUUUCUUUGGGGAGGUUGAGGAGCAGUUCUUGUCUAGGUUUGAGAUGGCUUAA